UGCUGUCCCUCCGCGAGGAGGCUGGCAUAGCAACACGCAAUCUGGAUGUCACAGUUGCCGUCCUCUGUAGCCAUUCUGGCGGAAGACUGGCUACAGGUGUGUUGUGCGUUCUGUCCUUACAGCCGACGAGAAGUGGCUCGGGGCUCCAUUCUUGUUGAGAAAUACCGCGAUGAGCAGACAUUUGGAAUUUACCGUUGUGGUCCUCGCAGGUUCUGUCACCCGUGCCGCCAACCAGUCGUGCUCGUCCGCGCCAGAGAACGAUGAGGGCUCACUCAUCCAGGUCAAAAACCAUGGCAACUAUGAGUGGGAUGGCGCUUACUCUCACCCUUCAUCUACCUCAGACGCUUCUGGCUGCGGUGGCAUCUGGCACGGGAGCAACAACUACGGAGCGAACAUGUUCGGCGACUCGUCGAACGGCGCGUGGCUUGGCGGCAGCUCGAGCAAGGAGGAUUGCCAGUCGAUGUGCAGCCACAACUGGUGGUGCAAGGGUUGGACGUGGGUGAGCUUCAAGUGCUACCUGAAGGAGAGGGUGUGCCCCAUGAUGCGCGGCCAGAGCGGCAUCUACAGCGGCUACUGCCACCCAUGGAGCGGGCCGACCAGUUGGUCUUGGUCGUGCCCAGGGGGUGGGCCGACCCCGAUCCCGACGCCGAGCCCGCCGACGCCGAGCCCGCCGACGCCGACCCGCCGACCCCGAGCCCGCCGACGCCCCUCGGCGAGUGCAGCGCUGUCUGGGAGGCGAGAAGCAACCGCGGCACGAGCCUCCGCGAGGUCUCCGGCGUGAGCAGCGCGUACUAUUGCCAGCAGCUGUGCUCCCGCGAGCAGCGGUGCAGGGGCUGGACCUACGCGUCCGGCCAGUGCUGGCUGAAGAGCUCGGUGGAGUGCAUGCUCUACGAGCAGGGCGCCCAGAGCGGCUACUGCCGCCCGUGCGAGGGCCCGAGCUACUGCGGCUUCUCGUGCGGCGGGCCGAGCCCGAGCCCGUACCCGACGCCGAGCCCGCCGGCGCCCGGCGAGGGGUGCAGCGACAUCUGGGAGACGAACGCCAACCACGGCGCGAACCUGCGCCAGGUGCCGGGCGUCGGCAGCGCGCGCCACUGCCAGCAGCAGUGCGCCCGCGAGCAGCGGUGCAGGGGCUGGACCUACGCGUCCGGGCAGUGCUGGCUGAAGAGCUCAGUGGGGUGCAUGUCCUACGACGCGGGCGCCCAGAGCGGCUACUGCCGGCCCUGGUACGGCCCGAGCAGCUGCGGCUACGGGCCCACGCGGAGCCACGCGCCCGCGGGCCGCUGAGAGGGCACGGCCGGGGCGGAGGAGGUCGGGCUCGUGCCCCCCCUGGGGGUCUGGGUGGGUUGCACGUCCUACGACGAGGGCGAGCGGCGCCUGCCGCCCCUGGAGCGGCCCGAGCACCCGCGGCUGCGGGCCCGCGCGGAGCCGCGCGCCCUCGGGCCCGCUGCGAGGGCGCCGCCGGGGCGGAGGAGGGCGGGGGCAGGCCCUCCCGGCGCCUGCCCCUCCCUGCCUUCUCCGGGCCACGCAAGCCUUUCCCCCCUACUCCUACCCCGUGGUGCGCGCCGCCAAUCUUGCCUCUCCGUCCCGCGCGUCAUUCUGCGCAGCGCUCGGUGUGGAAUCUGUCCGCAGCGGGCUCGUCCCAACUCAUCGAUAUUCGGUUCCACUGGGAUUGGGACUCGACGCGAGCUGAAGCUGGCAGCUCAGGGCACCGCUCUCCGGAUUCAAGUUUGCAGCCGUGGUUGGCGACAUGCGAGACGCCGACUGACACGCUAGCCAGUCUGCGAACACACGAGCCAUCGUUUUUGUGUUUCUGAUCUGCCUAUCUCCUCUCCAUCUCUCGCUCAUUCGCUCGUUAGCUACGGCUGUCGCGACCGUUACCCGUUGCACACCGCAUUUAGGCUAGAUAUUGUGGUGGAGCUGACCGUCCAAAGCAGAUGGCUUUGAAUGAACGGCUUGGCUUCGCAGUUUCGACUGCGAACGAAAAUUGCAAAAGCGUGUUCUCGAUCACGUGUGUUCUUCGAGCCCGUGACGGCCACAUGGAAAUGGCAACAAUAUUGGGAAGAUGAUGGGCU